CAGCCACUCAAGGAUAUUUCCAAGGUACUGAGCCAAACUUUCAAGGGUUAUGACUGAGGAGUUAUAGAAGAAGAGGAGCAGCAGCACUUUUCUUCUUUGAGGUUGAGCAUCAGGAGUCAAUGUCUCCGUCUCUGGCCAGAUCUGCUCCCAGCGAGCUCAACCACUGGUGGACCCAGCUGAGGUUUCGCCUUCAGAACAAAAAAGGAUGGAAUGAGAUGCUAGAUGAAACAUUUCUCUACUACACAAAAAACAUAAAUGACAUUCCUCUCUUCUACGCGGCUAAAAACAACAGCGUUGGCUGCAUCAAGAAGCUACUAAGCUGCUCUUCCACCAACAUAUUUGAGAGAGGGGCCCUCGGAGAGACGGCUCUUCACGUUGCUGUGAUGAACGACAACCUGGACGCUGCCGUGGCUCUGAUGGACGGAGCUCCUGAUCUCAUCAAUGAGCCAAUGACCUCCGAGCUUUUUCAAGGUUCGAGAGCGUAA